CAAUCCACCGCGCUGUGGCGCAGACCAAAGUCACAUCAUGAAAGGCUUACCAGCCUUCCCUGAGGAUUCCUCUGCCUACAAGACCAGCCCCAACGAAUCAAUAAAUUAUAUUUAUGAGAAGAAUCUGACCGCUGAAUUUUUACCUGCCACAAAUAGCAGGCCUUUUUCUAAGCUACUUAAUGUAGCCCGGUGGGGUUUGAUAUGUGCAGGUGUUGCUUACCUUGGCGUAGGCCAAUAUUAUCCAACCCCAGAUGCGGUUCCUACUGUUGAUACUACUGCUACCCCUGAUCUGUGCCUCGAGCCCGAGUGCAUCCAUGCUGCAUCUGAGAUACUUUACAAUCUCGAUCCUCACUACCAAGAUAUUGACCCGUGUGUCAAUUUUGAUCAAUACGUCUGUGGAGGAUGGAUAGAUCGUCAUGAUAUGCGGCCAGACCAAGGCUCCAUCUUUGCUGGAACUCUGAUGGCAGAGAACGCCCAGAUGCGACUACGCCAUAUUCUAGAAGCUCCUGAGGCGCCAGGAGAGCAAACACUAUCUUCAGCUGACAAGGACAACUUCAAGAAACUGAAGGCCGCUUAUGAUGCGUGCAUUGACGUCGAUGCACUGAAGGAACGUGGAUCACAACCUUUAGAAGAUAUUCUUUCUAAUAUCGACGCCGUCUACUCUUCGCAGGGCAAGGAUUCCGAGACAAAUAUAACGGAUACCCUUUUGUACCUGAUGCAGAUUGACGUGUCGGCUCUUACUGAUUUCUCUAUAUCCCCUGAUGAUCGUGACCCCGAUAAUGUAGUUAUAUUUGUGACACCACCACGCAGGAUUGGUCUCCCAUCGCGAGAAUAUUAUAAUGACUCAAAAGUCGUUCGUGACUAUUACAAUCUUGCUGCGGAACUCUUCGGCAACUUCAUUCCCCUCGACCACGUGUUGUCCGAUCGACUUGCAAAAGACGUCGUCCAAUUCGAGAAGAAAUUGGCUGAUGCGACACCGGACACCCAGGCACAAGAGGAUGUCACGCAAUAUUACAAUCCGAAGACGUUAGAGGAAGCAGGAUCCCUUAUUCCUCAAAUUUCUUUCGGCCACAUUGUUGCCGGGCUAGCACCCGACGAUUUCAAAACAGACCGACUUAUUAUUGGUUCUCCGUCGUAUCUCAAGGAGCUUUCAGCAAUCAUUCAAGACACACCCAGAGAUGUCGUUCAGGCUUUCUUCAAAUUCAAGGCUAUCCAGAGGUACUAUGACGACAUAGAAGACCCUAAAGUCGCUCCUCUACGAGAGUUCAACAACCGUUUAGCUGGCAAGGAUCCUCAGGCUACCCAGGACAGAUGGCGUAAAUGUAUUAACAAUUUGGAUUCUGGAAUUGGCUGGAUUCUAAGUCGCUUUUACGUUAUUGACUCCUUCCCGGAGGAAUCCAAACAAUUGGGAGAUCAAAUCAUUUCCGACAUUAAAGAACAGUUUGUUUACGUGCUUGAUGGGACGAAAUGGAUGUCUGCGGAAGUUCGGCAGCUGGGAAAACAAAAGGUCGCCAAUAUCAUCCAGAAGAUUGGCUACCCAACACGUAGCCCCGAUUUGACAAAUGGGGAAGACGUGAAGAACUACUACAGCCGCUUGCACAUAUCUAGCGGAAAGUUCUUUGAGAAUUCGGUUGCAAUGUCGCGAUUCGAAUUUGAAAGGACGUGGUCUCAGCUGGGCAAGCCUACGAAUCGAGAUGAAUGGGGUAUGACUGCACCAACUGUCAAUGCGUACUACAAUCCUCCUGGCAAUGAAAUUGUGUUCCCAGCUGGUAUCAUGCAACCUCCGACCUUCUACGGACCUAGAGCGCCUCUAUACUUGGCUUACGGGGCGUUCGGGGCCGUCAGUGGGCAUGAGCUCUCACAUGCAUUCGAUAGUACUGGUAGACAUUACGAUCAGAUUGGCAACUAUACUAACUGGUGGGAUGACAAAACCAUCGAGGCAUUCGAAGAACGUGCACAAUGUUUCAUCGAUCAGUACUCUAAUUUCACAGUCCCCGGCCCUGAUCCCGAUUCAAAGCCUCUCCAUGUCAAUGGACGGUUGACCUUAGGUGAGAAUAUUGCUGAUGCUGGCGGUCUAUCAGCUUCAUUCCACGCUUGGAAAAAACGAGACUCUGCACAUGCAGACAAGGCACUACCUGGGUUGGAGAAUUUUACUAAGGAACAGCUCUUUUUCAUCUCGUACUCCAACUGGUGGUGUAGCAAGACUACAAGGGAAGCGGCGGUGCAGGCUAUCUAUACUGACCCGCAUGCUCCGAAGCCCGCUCGAAUUCUGGGUACGAUGGCAAACACAAGGGAAUUCCAGGAAGCUUUCGAAUGUCCACGUAAGGAGCCUGUCUGCAAAUUAUGGUAGAGCCUAUACUGCACUGUCUAGUAUCGAAAGACUCAAUUGAAUUGGCUGAGUCGGUGAAUAAUCAUAGUGAAUAUUAUCUGCUGUUGAAACCAAAAACUUCGAUUUCGAAUAUUCACUGUGCUCUGCAUCUCAGAAAUGGAGAUUCUGUCUCGUGGUUGUAUUCUUUUACAUCUGCAUAGAGUAAGUGACGCAUAACCGUGCUAUCUGAUUGGCUUU